CGCAAACAAAUUGAUCGCAGACUUCGAAAGCCAAGAACAUUCUUUAGGGUUUCUCUGUGUAACAACUCCCAAAUCUCUCAACCCAGGUGAUCCCUGUUUCGGUGUAAAAUGGGUGCCUUUAUAUCGAAAUUUUGGUUCAUGUUGUUCCCUGCGAAGGAGUACAAGAUUGUGGUGGUUGGGUUGGAUAAUGCCGGAAAGACCACGACCCUUUACAAAUUACACUUGGGUGAGGUUGUAACUACGCACCCUACUGUUGGGAGCAACGUGGAAGAGCUUGUCUAUAAGAACAUUCGGUUCGAGGUUUGGGAUCUUGGUGGACAAGAAAGACUCAGGACAUCAUGGGCAACAUAUUAUCGUGGAACUCAUGCAAUUAUAGCGGUGAUAGACAGCACUGACAGAGCCAGGAUCUCUAUUAUGAAGGAUGAACUCUUCAGGUUGCUGGGACAUGAGGAUCUUCAACAUUCUGUUAUACUAGUUUUUGCAAACAAACAAGACCUUAAGGAUGCCAUGACCCCGGCCGAAAUCACAGAUUGCCUCUCUCUCCACAGCAUCAAGAAUCAUGAUUGGCACAUUCAAGCUUGUUGUGCCCUCACAGGAGAAGGGUUGUAUGACGGUUUAGGUUGGAUUGCUCAGCGGGUUACUGGAAAAGCACCAAGUUGAAUAAUGGAAGAAAAUAGGAAAAAAAGAAAGAAAGAAAGAAAAUUCAUUUAUCCCACUCAUUCAUGGAUGUGAAGGAUGAGUGAUAAAAGCCACUUUUGUGUAUCAUCUAAACUGUAGGAGAGCUCCUUCCAAACAGAUGUGUAGAUUUUUUUCAGUUUUGAUUUGCCUAAGUAAUUGUUAUGUUCUGCACAAUGGAGCAUCUCAAUUAACACAUUCGUCAUGUGGAACCAUGCCAUAAAAUGUUUGAGAUUUUCAUGUUUUGUGUUUA